AUGUCUCCUUUGCCCCUGCUGAGUGGGAUGUUGCUGCUCUUUGCCCAUAGCUGUGGCGGGGCCGGCUCUUUGUCCGUGGCGAUGGGUGGUGGCCAGACGCCACCACAGACCCAGUCCCAGCUGGUGCCAGAGGAUACUGACUGCCCGUCCUGCGCCCUGGCGCGGCUCAACGAGGAGGAGGAUGGCAGCAAACCCGAGGUGGUGGAGGCGGUGAAGAGGCACAUCCUCAACAUGCUGCACCUGCAGGUGCGGCCCAAUGUCACGCACCCGGUGCCCCGCGCUGCUCUGCUCAAUGCCAUCCGCAAGCUGCACGUGGGAAGAGUGGCCGAGGACGGCAGCGUCCAGAUCGAGGAUGGGGGCCACGGGCGCCCCAAUGCCGCCGACAUGGUCGAGACGACUGAGAUCCUUACCUUCGCAGAGGCCGGCGACUCCCAGGGUGCGGUCAACUUCCUCAUUUCCAAGGAGGGCGGUGAGCUGUCUCUGGUGGAGCAGGCUAAUGUAUGGAUCUUCCUCCGGCUGGCCAAGACCAAUCGCAGCCGUGCCAAGGUCACUAUACGCCUGUUGCAGCAGCACCAUGGCGGAGACGGCCAUGAAGAGUCUGUGCCACUGGCCGAGAAGGCAGUGGACACGCGGCGCAGUGGCUGGCACACUUUUCCCGUGUCAGCCAGCGUCCAGGCUCUGUUGAAGGGCGGCGGCAGCAUGCUCAGUGUGAAGAUCUCCUGCCCGCUGUGCGCCAAUGCUGGCGCCACACCCAUCCUGGUGUCGACCGGCGGCAACCAGGAGCGUGAGCAGUCCCACCGGCCCUUCCUCAUGGCGGUAGUGCAGCAGGGCGAGGGCGGCGAGCCACGGCGACGCCACAAAAGGGGCCUGGAAUGCGACGGCAAGGUGCGUGCUUGCUGCAAGCGCCAGUUCUAUGUCAAUUUCAAGGACAUUGGCUGGAGCGACUGGAUCAUAGCACCGGGGGGCUACCACGCCAACUACUGUGAGGGCGACUGCCCCAGCCACGUGGCUAGCAUCACAGGCUCCUCGCUGUCCUUCCACUCCACCGUCAUCAAUCACUACCGCAUACGGGGCUACGCGCCCUUCCAGAAUAUUAAGUCAUGCUGCGUGCCCACGAGGCUACGCGCCAUGUCUAUGCUCUACUACAAUGAGGAGCAAAAGAUCGUCAAAAAGGACAUCCAGAACAUGGUUGUAGAGGAGUGUGGCUGCUCGUAA